AUGGGUGGGCAUCCACCUCUAACAGAAGUAUACUCACCAAAAGAUCCAGUUGCUGACGUUGUUGCGGUGCAUGGGCUUAAUGGCGAUGCUUUCGACACAUGGACAACUAAAAAGACGAGGAAGUUCUGGCUAGGGGAUCCGGACCUGCUCCCUGCUCACCUGAAGCAGGCUAGAAUCCUGACCUAUAGCUAUCAUGCAGAUGUUACCUCCUGGCUAGGCAAAACUUCCUCCGAUCGAAUCCUCGAGCAUGCGCAUACUCUGGUGGCCCAGCUCGCUGCGGAUCGGCAAGUAAGCUGCGUCUUGAUCGCCACCUUGGGGUAA